CGUUUCUCAGAGAUUUUUGAUGCCUAUGCGGAUACGAAAGCAACCCCGCAAGGCCCGCCGUGCAUGACACCGGCGGCGUUUGUGCGGGCGGUCACCCCCUCAGCCGAAACCGCUGUAGCCCCCAAAAACUCACCAUAUGCCGUCUUUUUUACUAUCGCCGACAGAGAGGGUCGUGGCCUGCUUACAAAAGACGACUUUAUCGAAUUCCAGGCGCUGCUCAGCCAACAAGAUGCUGCCAGCAGGCUUCCGUUCCGCGCGGUCUCGUUCAGCGCCAACACAGAUACAAUUCAAACCAGCGCUUUGGCCAGUCUUGUCAGCGACGACGCAGCAGCCAGGAACUAUCUCAAGGGCAAGUCACACAUAUCGUACGCCGAGUUUGCCCAGCUCAUUGCGUUGGCGCGGGCUGACCGCAUUCGCAACGCCUUCUCGGCUGUCGAUGUGCAGGGAUCUGGCUCCAUAAACCCCGACAAGCUGUGUGCUAUUGUAAGCGAGUUUGCCCCAAUCGACCCUGCCAGCACUGUUGCGCAGCGCAUUUUGCUGCUGCGCCAAUCGGCGGAGAGCCCGGCUGUUGGGUACCCGACUUUCCUCGCUCUGGUCAGCCUGCUGAGCAAUCCCAUUAAUAUUCACCGUGCCAUUGAUGAGGUUGUGCACAGGCAGUCGCCCAAGGCGCCGGUCUCUAUAGAUAAACUGGAGAUCUCACAGUCGGAAUUUGCUGGCGCCACUUCCCUGCUGACGCCUCUCGAGAUCAGCGUACUUUUUACUCUGGCUGCCGGUCAGGCCGCCACAGAGGCAACCACACUGGGCAGCAUUAACGCUGUUUUGGACGCAUGUUACACCUGCCUAGCGCCGGUGGCCACAGAGAAGGGGCCGGUUGAGAAAGUGCCUGCCCAUCAAAGCCAGCAGAAGCCGUCGCGCGGCGCGAUGCGCGAGACCUUGUUUCAGGCGUAUAACUUUGCCAUUGGCGCAGUGGCCGGCGGCAUUGGCGCAGCUGUAGUCUACCCGAUUGAUCUUGUCAAGACGCGCAUGCAGAACCAGCGCGCGGCUGUUGUUGGCGAGAUGAUGUACAAAAACAGCCUCGACUGCUUCCGCAAGGUUAUUCGCAACGAGGGUGUUCUGGGACUGUACCGCGGCCUUGGCCCACAGCUGGUCGGCGUAGCUCCCGAAAAGGCCAUUAAGUUGACAGUGAAUGAUUUUAUGCGCGCACGCCUUACUAGCAAGGACACUGGCAAUAUAGCCUUUGCCAACGAGCUCAUUGCCGGUGCAUCUGCAGGUGCCUCCCAGGUUAUCUUUACCAACCCGCUCGAAAUUGUCAAGAUCCGUUUGCAAAUCCAAGGCGAAAUUCUCAAGGACGCCGCUGGUGUUAUCACGCCCAUUGCACGCCACGGUGCGGUGACCAUUGUCAAGGAGCUUGGCCUGGUAGGCCUCUACAAAGGUGCGUCUGCCUGUCUUCUGCGCGACGUGCCCUUUUCAGCUAUUUACUUCUCGUGUUACUCGCAUCUCAAAAAAGACGUAUUCCGCGAGGGCGAGCGCCAGCUAGGAGUUGUUGAUUUGCUUCUUGCCGGCGCCAUUGCCGGCAUGCCUGCAGCCUACCUGACCACCCCAGCCGAUGUUAUUAAAACCCGCUUGCAGGUCGUUGCUAAGAAAGGGGAGACUGCAUACAACGGUCUCUUUGACGCGGCCCGCAAGAUUUACAAGGAAGAGGGCUUCAAGGCCUUUUUCAAGGGUGGCCCGGCACGCAUCCUUCGCUCGUCGCCGCAGUUCGGCACCACUCUCAUGUGCUACGAGCUUAUCCACCGCAUGGUGCCUUUUCCC